UCCAUCAAUCUCCGUGGAAGGAGUACUGACAACAGAAGACGACGGUAGAAGAAGAAAUUUACCUGACGUUGGUAGAGAUUCAUCACAAGGGAGCUACAGGAGCCCUGGAGAGGCUGAAGAGGACUACGCUCCACCAUUACUCACCCUGGCCCUAAGAAUCCUCCUCAAUCAGGUGGAACAAGGCCCUCUCCUGUCCUAUCCAAAGGCUGGCACGGACUUGAGCAUGGGCCGGGCUCGGGAAGUGGGUUGGAUGGCGGCAGGACUGAUGAUUGGGGCUGGUGCCUGCUACUGUGUUUACAAACUAACCAUAGGAAGAGAUGACAGUGACAAGUUGGAGGAGGAGGAAGAGGAAUGGGACGAUGACCAGGAGCUGGAUGAGGAAGAACCUGAGCUUUGGUUUGAUUUCACAACUAUGGCUCGGCCCUGGAGUGAGGAAGGGGAUUGGACUGAACCUGGGGCCCCUGGUGGCACUGAGGACAGGCCCUCAGGUGGGGGCAAGGCCAACCGAACACACCCAGUAAAACAGCGCCCAUUCCCCUAUGAACAUAAAAAUUCUUGGAGCACUCAAAGCUUUAGAAAUUUCAGGUGUGUACUUGACCUCUCUAAGUGUCCUUUCAUUCAGGGGAAAAUGUGGUUUGCUCAGCCCAAGGAUGCUGGUUUUUCAUUUAGCCACGGUACCGAUAGUCAUUCGACCAGCCUCGGCGUUGUUGGAAGCACGAUCCCCACUCCCGACCCCGCUAUUAAGGAGAAGGCUUUCUGUGCUCUGGAUAACUUGAAUGCCGGGGUUGAAAACCAGGGCCAGAUUAAGAUGUCCAUCAGUGGAGUGUGUCGGGAGACUGUGUCACAUUGCUGCAACUCAUUUCUGCAGCGGGCCGGAUUCAAUUUGUUAAUAAGCAUGACAGUUAUUAAUCACAUGCUUGCCGAGUCCGUUUCAGACUUGAAGUUCCCUUUGAUAGCCGAGGGAAGUGGAGGUGCCGAGGUUCAGGUUUUGGAACUGUCGGUGGGUUUGUCUGAAAAGCCAGUCUUGGCCGGGGAAUCGCUGGGUGCCCAAACGCUGCUCUCAUUCGUGUCCCUCUUGAUCAGGAACGGAAACACACAGGCUCUCCCCGACACCCUGGCCUCUUAGAUGGCCGCCUCGAGCGGAGCGGAGCGGAGCGGGACGGAAUCCACCCAAAAGCCUGCUGGUGAACACAGCCUCGUGUUCUCAUUCAAAGAGUCUGCAGUGGGUGCUGUUGAAGAUCCAGCCUUAGCCAGUCACCGCAUCACGGGGUGCAAGUUACACUUGCUACGUGGAGGACCACACUCUUCUGGGCCAGGCAGGGGUCCCCCCAGAGCUCGGAGUAAUUUCUUGGUUUUGCAGUCUGCAGGCCGUGUGCGCUGUCGGUUACUCCCUUGCGGCCUUCCUCCUGCGGCAGAGGGAUCCUUUCAGCCGCCAGCCGCGGCGACGGAACAUCCUCUAAGAGCAUGGCGAGGGAGGCCUUGCCCGUGGCGGUCUCCCUGUCCAAGCCGGGCCGCUUUGUGGAGACCAGACACGUGUCGGGGCUCGUGCUGGAAACGCAUCUGUUGCCGCUUAGGUCGAAUUCUUUCCCAUUUACUCCUUCUUCUAUGCGAGCGGAUGGAUGGAGAACCUGUGCGUCCACGAAGGACACGCCCCUUGUCUGUGCUGUACUGACUUAACCUCAUCCACCCAGGCC